GUAGUGCUUUCCUUCCACUCGACCAGUUUUUCCCAACCCGAUGAAAGUCGCAAUACCGGUAAUCCGGGGUCGCCAAUGGAUGGCCAGGACUCUACGUUGGAACGGAAAGUCGGGCAUCCGAUGGAACACAACACUUGCCGUUUGGAGAAUUGUCAACACAUGGCGUACGGUACGUGCAAGCACCGUGCUCGUAAAAUUAGCGUAACUACUCGGAUCCGAGUGAUCGUCAGGGUCGUAGCUGCCAAACCAUUCCCAAAUAUGUUCCAUGUUCGGAGAAAAAUGGGAAAUAAUAAUCAAAACACACGAUACCGGUCUGGUAAUGUUCUCGAUAGGUGGGGGGGGCUGUGAUAUGGUUAAUACGAGGGAAAAGCAAAGUCACCGGAUUGGAACUUUUACUCUUAAGCAGCCUCCUCCCACCGCAAUAUUCGACAUUUCGCACUCACCGCCUCUCCAGUCAUCUAUCCAUUCUGUUCCCAUUCCACUUCCCUUCUUCGCGAUAAAUAGCUACUGACAAGAUGACCACCGCUGCCCCGAGAUCCGUUGUUGACGCAGAGCAACUCCUUGCUCUCUCCGAUAUCAUAUCGAAGAAUGCGAGAAUUGUAAUCAACGAGUGGGCCAAGAACCCUAUUGACAUUCCCGAUACCAAGGACGGUGUCUCUCUCCCCUCGCACGAGCUCUACCAGGCCCGUCGUGAAAUACUGGCCGCGGCCGGUAUGUUGACGGAGGUUAUCGACGAGCCACAACACCGCCUGCUCGAGGUUUCGUCGCAGUACUUUGAAUCCCGUGCUCUUCACAUCGCUGCCGAGCACCGCAUUCCCGAUAUCUUGAAGAGCCAUGACAAAGAGGGCGUGUCGGUUCAGGACCUUAGUGCUAAGAUCGGGAUUGAGUCUAAGAAGCUCUGUUAGUGUUUCUCGUAUAUCUGCUGAAAUCAAUGAAUGGUGGAGGCUGAUUGGAUUGAAUGAUAGCCCGUGUUAUGCGCUGCCUCUGCUCUAACCACCUCUUCCGUGAAGUCAAAGAAGACUGCUUCGCAAACAACAAGAUAACUGGUGCUCUCGUCGGAAAUGAGCCAUUGCGAGCGUACCUCAUGCUUUUGUAAGCCCUUGAUAUACCUAUCAUUCGGUGCCCAUAUUAACAUUUCCUUUUAGCUCUCUCGACUUGUACAGUGCCUCCGACUACUUCCCCAAGUACCUCGUCGAUCCGGUCAACGGCCACUCAUACGAUGUCCACAACACCGCCUGGCAACCUGCCGUUGGCACCAAGAAGUCCCGGUGGGAAUGGCUUGAGGAGAAGAUCCCCGCUGAUGCCGCUGACUUCGGCCGUCAGGGCUACCCACGCAAUGUUGUCGCUGUCGGCGAGACCAAGGUCGAGCGCCCUGUGCCAACCUCUACGGAGACUAAGCCCCGUCCUGAGCUUGAGAUCUUCGGUUUGGCUAUGUUGGGUGGUGGUAAAGUCACUGGAACUGCACACAUUCACGGUAAGUAUCGCAUCGAGGGAUUCCUCCUUUUCCACAACUGCUGAUUGUAUGUAGAUUAUCCGUGGGAGUCCCUGGGUAAUGGAACUAUUGUAGAUGUCGGUGGUGGUGUUGGUAAGCCUACUCUGUCCCCCCCCCCUCCCGCCCCUCCACCUUUUCUCCGGGGAGAGGUGAAAGGGCCCCGGAACACAAUGAACUAACGAAAGACCACCCGCAGGUGGCUUUUCCCUCCAACUCUCCAAGCGCUUCCCCAACCUCAAGUUCAUUGUUCAGGACCGCCCGGCAGUCAUCGAGCAGACUAAGCAAAUCUGGGCAAAGGAGAACCCAGAAGCACUCGAGUCCCGCGUCACUCUGCAAGGCCACGACUUCUUCAAAGUUAAUCCGGUGAAGGGCGCAGACAUCUACUGGUUCCGUUACAUCAUGUAUGUCCCCACUACCCCACCCUCCUCUUUUAGCUUCCAAAAACUUCUUUACCUUCGUAGGAAAUGAGUGGAAAGGGGGGGGGGGGAAUGAACCCAAUUGCCCAUUCACUAAUCAUCACUCGUGCAACCUACCACAGCCACGACUGGUCUGACGAGUACUGCGUGCAAAUUUUCAACUGCAUCCGUGAGAGCAUGGUCCCCAAGUCCCGCCUCCUCAUCUGCGACCAGGUAAUGAACACCACCAUCGGGUGCCCGGAGCUUGAUCCCGCUCCCUACCCGCUCCCUGCAAACUACGGGUACCACGCCCGCUACAGUCAUCAGCGUGAUCUCUGCAUGGCUGCCAUCAUCAACGGUAUUGAGCGCACGCCUGCCCAAUUUAAGGAUAUCAUCGAGAAGGCCGGCCUUGUUGUCACCAGGAUUGUCGAGUGCAGGAGCGCAAUCGGGUUGGUCGAGGCGGGUUUGCCCAAUUAUGAGUAAAGGUAUCCCAAGUACGGAAAAGGGUACAUAACCAGCCGGAAGAAGGGGUAAAAGAAUAAAAUUAAAAAAAUAAUGGUGUGUGGAGACGAAGCCAGAACAGAAAAAAAAAAGGGGGGGAUUUAUUAUUCAACAUAUUCAUUUCGGAUUCCUUUUUGAUCUGUUGAGGAUUUUUUUUAAUUUUUUUUCGUCAUCAUCCCUUCCUUUUUUUUCCCCUCAACCUAUUCAUCUUCUUCAUUUCGGUCAUCGUGGUGCGGCGUGUUUUUCUUUCCUCCUUGUUUCUUUUCUUCGGCCUUCGGGAGUGGGGCUCUUGCGGUAUAAAACAAAAUGGAGGCUAGAGGCUCAAAAUUCAAAAAAGUCUUAUCAU